CAGAGCGAGGCUGGGGUAGAGAGGCCGACGGAGCUCGAGUCGCCCGCUUGUCGUGGAGGCUACUAGGGAGCCGGCGAGAGGGUGAGCGGGCGAGCAGGCGAGCAGGCGAGCAGGCGAGCGAGCUAGAGCAGGCAGGAGGAGGCGUCGCGCGGCGCAGAGUAGCGCCGGGGCCGGGCCGCGGCGGAACCCACAGCCAGAGAGGGGCAGCCUGAGCCGGGCGCUGCGGGGUCCCCACCCCCACCCGGCCGGACAGUGCCCGGUGUUCCCCCGUGCGGGGGGCGGCGGCGGCGGCUGACGGGACCCAACAGGACCGCGGGGGUGUUGUACCUCCACCGAGGAGCCGGCACAGCCGCGGGCUCUUAAGAGCCAGGGCCCAGGGCCCGUGACAGACGGGCCGAGGAAGGGAAAGAGGCGGCGGCACAGGCGACGGGGAAGCAGCGGCGACACCAUGUCAUCCCCCAGUCCGGGCAAGAGGCGGAUGGACACGGACGUGGUCAAGCUCAUUGAGAGUAAGCAUGAAGUUACAAUCCUGGGAGGACUCAAUGAAUUUGUAGUGAAGUUUUAUGGACCACAAGGAACACCAUAUGAAGGGGGAGUAUGGAAAGUUAGAGUGGAUCUUCCUGACAAAUACCCUUUCAAAUCUCCAUCUAUAGGAUUCAUGAAUAAAAUUUUCCAUCCCAACAUUGAUGAAGCGUCAGGAACUGUGUGUCUAGAUGUAAUUAAUCAAACUUGGACAGCUCUCUAUGAUCUUACCAAUAUAUUUGAGUCCUUCCUGCCCCAGUUGUUGGCUUAUCCUAAUCCCAUAGACCCUCUCAAUGGUGAUGCUGCAGCCAUGUACCUCCACCGGCCAGAAGAAUACAAGCAGAAAAUCAAAGAGUACAUCCAGAAGUACGCGACGGAGGAGGCGCUGAAGGAGCAGGAAGAGGGCACGGGCGACAGCUCGUCGGAGAGUUCUAUGUCUGACUUCUCGGAAGAUGAGGCCCAGGAUAUGGAGUUGUAGUAGAGAAAGCACCUGCUUUUCAGAAAGACUAUUAUUUCCUAACCAUGAGAAGCAGACUAUAAUAUUCAUAUUUAAACAAAGCAAUUUUUUUUAUUACUAAACAAGGUUUUUAUGAAUAAUAGCAUUGAUAUAUAUAUAUUAUAUAUCACCCUUUAGAUCUUGGUUUCUUGGUCGUUUCUCCCCCUGAGGCGCACAUUCCACUGGGCAGCACCGCGGUCCGCGUGCAUGCAUCCAUGAGUCCGUGUGGCCAAGUCAGCCGUGCGCUGCUCAGCUGUCCAAGAAUUAGCCGCUCUGAUAGACAGAUGUGAGUACAAAUAACAGGAAAAAGUUGCUUCUUUUAUUGAUGGUUCCAAAGAAACAAACCAAACCACCCAGCUCUUGGAUGUGAAGAUAGAGUAGAGCUUUUUCAGACUGGGAGGAAAAGGCCUGCUGUGGGAGCCCUGAGAGCCAGCCUCAAGUGAGAAUCAGAGCUGCUCCUUCCUGCGAGCCCUUAGGUGGCCCCUUUCUGCGGAUAACAGCAUAAAACAGGGAGCUGACUAGAGUAUUGGAACGGAAAACAAUGUUUUGACUCAGAUUUUAAGUACAUUUUUAUAUGUAGAUUCUCGCCCUUCUUGCUACCAGGCCCUGCAGCCGCAAGUGUUUUUGCUUGGAGAGCCUUUUGGAGUGUUUUUCUGAACCUGAUUCUUUUUCUUGGGGUAGAGUUUGUAAUUCAGACCUUUUUGAGAGGACAGGGGAGAGUGCCCGGGAAGACAUUUCCUCUCGAACGGCAGCGCAGAGACACACCCUGUUCUGGCCACUUUGAGACCGCUACUCCGGACUCAGAGCUUUAUACGUGAGAGGUGGUGAGUGUUUGGGUUUUAGGAUUUUGACUUGUUUGGCGUGUGCGUGACUUGUGCUUAGACUGGCUGCAGUUUAGUCUCCACCUCCCAAGCGGUGGCCUCCUCCUAGGACAGCCGCUCAGUGGCCCGGGGACUCUGGCGGGAGACCCAGGCCCGUCUGCUCUCGGCAGCCGCCUGGCCUCGUCUGUCGUGGGGAGUGAGCAUUUUAGGCCCAACACACACGCUUACCAUGAGUAAUCAUUGGAACAACUAGAGGUUCUAACAUGGGAAAAACCGACACAGCUUUUUUUUUUUUUCAGAGUGUGACUGAAUUAGGAGAAAAGGGUUCAAAAAUAUGAGGUAGCAGAACAGGUUCUGAAGGACGACUGCUUUCUCUCCUGUGUGCGGUGAGGAAAUCAGACCGUUUAAAAUGCCUGCUAACCAGAUGUUUACUCAGCUAACCAUAUGUCCAGGUGGCCGGCAGUUUCUUUCAGAUUUCAGUGUUGCCUGCUGAAUCUGGAGAACUUGAGACAGCAAGUCUGUAUUUUUUGGUUUUGGGGUUUGUUUGUUUUGCAGCAACCAGUAGGACCAUAGCAGAAUUAGCCAAUCCUAAAACCUAAGACAAUUUUUGAAUGUCCCACUGGGAUACUUUAGUUUUUGUUUCUGAUGUGAUUUUAGUUUAGAAGUGCUCUAUUCCACAAGAUUUGCAUCAGUGAGGUUGGAAGAUACCCUAUCCUGUCUUUUUUUAAUUCAAAAGCACAAUCAAUCUUUUCUUUGAAAAUCUAUAUAAAUUACAACUUGCUUUUAGCAUGAUUAUUUUCCUAAAUAAAAAGACAAAGAAUUUACUUAUUUUAUGUUAAUUACGGGCAUGAAGCAAAAAGGUUUUCUUUUUAAAAAAAAAAAAAACUUAAAAGUGCAGUUAUGUAGGCUGUGGUGAGUUAACCUUGCCGAGUUAUCUAUCUAGCAUUUGUGGCUUGGUGGAAGGGUAGUAUUAACUAUUUAACACGUACAGGUGUACUUUAACUCUUAUCUAGCACGUUGUCUUCUCAUUGCUUGGGGGAGGGAGGGUCUCUGCUGGCACUGUCUGACUCGCUCACCUGCUGGACUAGCAGUUUGCUUGUGCUGUAACCGUCACUGUAGGUGCGAUUUAGGGUAGGCUUAAAGUGCUGGGUGGUGAUUUGCGUUCAACAAUAAAAAAAUUGUAUUUUUUCAAUAUUGUAUAAACAAUAGUGUUCUAAUUACCUUUCAAAAAGAAAAAAUAAUGUCCAGACAAUAAUGGCUUUUAAUCUUGUCCCAAACGUAGAACCAAGUUCCGGGAAGGUCUGUGAGCAGUGCCGCGGCUCUGCCCCUGCUCAGUCCAGCACCCCCGGUGCAGACUUGCUCGCGGGGCGGCAGGGAGCGAGCGGCAGAUCCGAGCACGGCUGCAGUGCGCACGCACACGUGCAUCCAUCCACGUCUGUGGUGAUGGGGGUUGAUGAGGCUUCUCAGUUGGCACUGGAAGCUCCUGGAGUUGCUCCCCAGAUCCCAGUGGACCCUCUCUGUACCUGGAUUCUUUCUUGGCACUAACCUUGGCCCCAGGCUGCUUCUUGGCUCAGUGUGGGGCUUUUUCUCUCCAGUGGGACAUGGACUUUUGGUAAGUUGAACAGAAUCCCCUCUUUUACACUAACCAACUUUUUGUUCCUUCCUUGUACCUGGGUGUGGUAGGCCACACAUGGAGAUAGAGGGAACCCUGGCACAAGGGCCGGCUGAGACUCUUGAGGGCUCUGGACCCCACUGAUAGUGCAGUACGUCUGAAGCUAGGGGAUCUUACACCACUAAAGGUUUUUCCAAGUUAUCCAGAAGCUUCUGGAGCCUCUCAGCAAGGCUGAAUGUUCUUGGUUUGUCAAGGCAGUGGUAGGUCAGGCUGCGCCCUUCCAUUGUACCCCUGGUUUUUUAAAUCUUUCCUUGUGGUUGACCGGUGCAAGCCAUUAUUCUUUGCAACCCAUUCAAAAGCCUGAGGUCAAAACCAACAAGAGCGAGCCCUCAACCCAGCAGCCCCAGCUCUGGGGCUCAUGGGCCACUUCGGGGUAGCCGGCGUUUCUGCUCUUUUGUCUUCGGUCGCGUCUCCCUCCUUGAGGUUCCUGUGCAGUUUCAACCAGCAUUUUAUACUAGUGAGAGAAGUGAUUAGAAGUUGCCGUAUCUCUCUCCAAUACCUAACGUUUUCUUCCAUUUCAAAAGCUGUUCUAAAUUGCCAGCUGGCUGAUCUAGGCUCCUGAGGAGAGUCUCCCCUCCAAAGGUUUCCUGAAGCUCUCGUUGGCCUCAGCCAGACGCUUGCUUUUUACUGGCCUCCUUUGGGAUGGCUGAGAAUCAUGACAGACAUGCUAGCCUCUCGGGUGAAGUUUCUGAAUGCCAUGUUUCGGGGAACUAGUACUUGAUUUUAAGUGGCAUAUGGCCCCUUCUUUGUUUGGGGGUGGGGGGGGGCUCAGUUAGAAUAAGUGAAAGCCACUAACAAAAGGUAGCGAGAGUUUUCAUUAACUUCCUAACUGGGUUUACAGCCUUGUUGACUGAAAUCAAAUCAUUUCUGAUUGGGCACAACGAACUGCAUUUCUUUGGACUUCUGAAUCCAUGUUCGCAUUUUCUUUGGCCACUGGACAUCUUGGCAAUUCCAUUAGGGAUUGGAGGGAGUGGCAGCCCCUGGGGAAAGGGGGUCAACAGCCCUCAGGUGAGCUGAUUCUCCACUCACCUGAGGAAGCGCCAGGACUUCAAAUUCAGCAGAUACUUGUCCUGGCUGUGGGCUUGGGAAGAAAUGGCCAUUAUUUACUGAUUGUAUUUGGUACCUAUUGUGUGAUACUUGAAGAGGUAAAAGGGACUUACCAGCCCUUAAUUGAAAUCUAAGCUUUGUAUCGCUUAUUUUUUUUCCUCGCCCUAUCUCCCUUCCACCUUUUUCCUUGCAUUGUGAUGAUCUAGUGGGCACUUCUGUCAACAGGACAAAUGCCUCUUCUGACUAUAACCUCUUAAUAGUUGUGUAUAAUGAAAACUGUAAACUUUUUUAAAUAAAAUGUGUAUAUACCUU